AGUGCAUUCGUUCAGGGCUCAAUUCCGCUAGCUGAACGUGGUAAAUUGUCGCAAAUAUCGUUAUUAGAAGACGACCCUGUUAUAGAAAGGGCCUUAGGAUUAUUAUGGGAUGUUUCGUCCGACUCGUUAACAUUUCAAAUAAACUUAAACAGCAAACCCUAUACAAGAAGAGGGAUCUUAUCUAUUGUUAGUGCUGUAUACGAUCCUUUGGGUUUGGCCGCACCUGCGCUGCUCCCUGCUAAAAUAUUACUUCAGGAAUUGUGUCAAAGUGCUUACGGAUGGGACGAUAAAAUUAGUGAAAGAUAUUCAUUGAAAUGGUCAGAGUGGUUGUUGGAUUUACCACUAUUACAAACUCUUAGAAUCCCUCGAUGUGUUAAGACUAUUUCAUUUUGUGAUGUUGUAUCAACUCAGGUUCAUCAUUUUUCCGAUGCAAGUGAAGCCGGGUAUGGUGUAUCGAGUUACCUGAGGCUAGUCGAUAGUAAUGGCGUAAUAAACUGCUCAUUAAUCUUAGGAAAAUCGAGAGUAGCACCCCUGAAGAAGAUUUCGAUUCCACGUAUGGAAUUAACUGCAGCAACAAUUGCGACCAGGUUAAACAAGAAGCUUAUUGAUGAACUCAAGUGUCGGAUUGACAAAGUGUAUUUUUGGACAGACAGCACAACUGUGCUGAGGUACAUUUCAAACGAUGCAACAAGGUUUAAAACCUUUGUGGCUAAUCGCGUGUCAGUUAUUCGCGAAGCUACAUCUGUUGAUCAAUGGAACUAUAUUUCAUCGAAAGAAAAUCCGUCGGAUGUUGCAUCACGUGGUUGUAGCGUUAAGACUCUUAUGAAUGACAAUAAUUGGUUUAAAGGUCCAAGUUUUCUACAGGAUGAUCAAUCAACGUGGCCUAGUGGUAAAAUUCCAAACAAUUUGGAUCAAGAUGAAAUCAGCGAUUCAGAAAUUAAACGUGUUGUGACUGUAACUGUUGAACGUGAAAGUCCAAUUGACAAACUUGUUAAACAUUAUUCUAACUGGAAAUGUCUUGUGCGUGCUGUAGCGCUAUUAAGGCAGUGCGUCAGAUGGUGUCGAAAUAAAUUAACUAGCUUUACAUUGACUGUCGAAAAUUUGGAGGAAGCCAAAUCAUGUAUUGUCAAGCAUGAACAAUUAAAGUUCUUAGGCGAAAUUGUCGAAGUUUGUGAACAAAACAAUCAAGAACAUAAAGCCAAACUUUUAAGGUCUAUAAAUGUGUCAAAAUUAGAUCCGUAUGUUGCCAACGGUGUUUUACGAAUCGGUGGACGAUUGCGCAGAGCAGAUAUGUGUUUAGAUGCAAAGCAUCAAAUAAUAUUGCCUAAAAACUCUAUAAUUUCAACACUGAUUGUGAGAGAAGCCCAUGCUCGCGUUGGACAUUUGGGUAAAAACGCUACACUUUCAGAAGUUCGUAAAGUUUUCUGGAUAAUUGGUGCAAGUAACUUAAUUAAAUCGAUUAUCUCAAAGUGUGUUGUAUGUCGUAAAUAUUCUGCGACCAAACUGCAACAGAAAAUGGCUGAUUUGCCUGCUGAGCGUUUAAUAUCGGGUGAAGCGCCAUUCCAUAGGACAGGAAUAGACUACUUCGGACCUUUUGAGAUCAAACGCGCAAGAUCGGUUGUCAAGCGUUAUGGCGUUAUUUUUACGUGUAUGAAUAGUAGAGCAGUACAUUUGGAGAUUGCAUCAUCAUUGGACACUGACUCGUGUAUCAAUGCAAUAAGACGUUUUAUCGCACGUCGUUCUAUGCCAAAAUUUAUCCGUUCUGACAAUGGGUCAAAUUUAGUCGGGGCCAACAGAGAACUUAAACUAUGUAUUGAUAAAUGGAACAAAGAUAAACUAACAAAGGAAUUCACUCAGAAAGGAAUUCGUUGGGAAUUUAAUCCACCUGCCGCUUCCCAUUUUGGUGGUGUUUGGGAGCGUUUAAUUCGGAUUGUUCGCAAAGUGUUGUGUUCGCUACAAAAGGAUCAGAUUAGUCGUCUCGACGAUGAGUCGCUUCAAACAUUAAUGUGUGAAGUUGAGCACAUAUUAAACAAUCGACCGAUUACUAAAGUUGCUGAAACUCCAAACGAUUUGGAUGCAUUAUCUCCUAAUCAACUGUUAUGCGCAGGAUACAAGAACUUGUCUUAUUCACCAUCAGCAACUGAGAAAGCAGAUAGUUACAUAAAGCGUCGCUGGCGUCAAGUUCAAUAUUUAACUGACAUAUUCUGGAAACGUUGGAUCCAUGAGUAUUUGCCAUGCUUACAGGAGCGCCAAAAGUGGUUAUAUCCAAAACGAAAUGUGGAAAUAGGUGAUAUUGUGCUUGUAAUUGAUAGUAAUAUCAGAAAUUCGUGGGCCUUGGCUCGUGUUAUAAGUGUUAUUACUGAUAAAGGUGGUUUAUCGAGAAUAGCAACAGUUAAAACCAAAAGUGGUAUAUUGCAACGCCCAAUUUCAAAGUUGUGCUUAGUGUUAGAAUGUGACGAAAAGUUAUAAGAACACAAUUUGUGUUAAAAUCACAAUACUCCGUCCAUAAAUAUGGAUAUGUGAAAUAAAUUUCAGUAUUAUAAUAUUGAAAAUCAUAAUCAGUGAAAUGCAUGUAUGUAAGACUGUAAAUAUUUAAAAUACUUUGGAAUGCUGUAUUGUUUGAUUAGUUAUUGCAAUUAGUUAUUAGUUAAGGCUUUGUAAUUGCUACUCUAGUUUUGUCAAUUAGUUAUUAGUUAAGGUUUUUUGUAAUUGCUACACUAUGUUUCGUCAAUUAGGAGGCCGGAAUGUAGACUUCACACAAAAAUGACAAUAACGGAGUUGACCAUUAACGCCUCUCCAGUAGGUCUCGCAUAUAGAGCUCAAGAGAAUAGUCCGAGUACGCAGAUACUAAUGACGUAUUACGUAAUUAUUCGCACGAGGUCUUUGGUAAGCCUUUGAUGUUGCAAACACGCUAGUCUAGUUCCAAUUGAAAUUUACAGUUUUGGUAGGACACAAUUUGCUAAUAUGUCUAUGUUUGUACACUUGUAAGUGUAUUCCAUGCACCAGACAAUAUUGAAGUUAUAAUGUCAUAAUUUAGAACUUGAAGAAUGUCUUUGCUGAUGUGAUGUUAAAAUGAUGUUAUUCUGAGUCUGCAGAUCAGAUCUAUAUCUUAUUGACCUGUCAUAUUAUGAGAUGGAUGUUCUGAAAUAUUAUCGUCAUUAAACCUUGUCAUAGAGUAAA